AAUCUGACAGAAGGAUUGUUUGUUUUAUAUUAAAUGUUAUCUAUUUUUAAUAGAUUAACCACCUGUUUUUCAUUCUUUAUCUAUUUUCCCAACCUGUUUCGAUUCCGUGAUUCCAUUCCAUUUGUGACUCGGCAAUAUUUACGCGGUGUAGAUAGUUCCCAAUCAUAUGUUUUUAGUUUUGAUUCUGACGAAAGAUAUUAAAAACAAAUAUUAAACAGGAUUAGCGUAUGCGGUAAAUAAACAAGAAGCAUGUUACGGGACCUCAUAACGUGGGUAUUGAAUACGUAUCUUGGAAAAUAUCUGGAGAACUUGAAUUCCGCCCAGUUGUCGGUGGCGCUCCUAUCGGGCGAAGUUGAGCUAGAGAAUAUACCCAUUCGCAAAGAUGCCCUCCGAUCGUUUAAUUUGCCGGUCGAAGUCACCGCCGGCAGUAUACGAAAAAUCAAGCUGCAGAUUCCAGUCCGCCAGUUCAGAACCUCGCCCUGGUGCAUUUCGAUUGAAGGAUUGUUCUGCAUCAUCUGCCCAAAGAAUUUGGACAACUGGGACAAUGAGAAGGAGAAGCUGCAGGAUCUGGAGUACAAGCUAUCAGUUUUGGACGCUGCAGAAGCGGGCUGGCGAUCCGAAAAGGGCAAACAAAUGGAGUCCUACUACUUCUCGUCUUACAACAAUUGGCUUAAAUACGGCACCAACAUGGCCACCAACAUUAUUGACAACAUCGAACUCAAGAUAUCCGAUGUGCACUUUCGAUUCGAGGACAUUGUGGACACCGGCAAGAGCAGGAUAUGCACGGGUAUCAAGAUCGGAUCCCUGACCGCCCAGAGCUGUGACUGUGAUUGGACCAAUGGGUCAUACAAAAUGACAAACAACGAAAUGAAUUAUAAACUUGUUGAGCUCAAAGAGCUCUCUGUCUACUGGGAUCUGUUGCACGAAGACAUCAAAUGUCAGUCUUACUCCAACCAAGAGAUUCUUGAAAAACUGCACUCGACCUGCGAAUUGAGGCCCCACAACUUCAUCAUCAAACCCAUUUGUGCAACUGCCAGGUGGAAACGCGACAAGUGCCAACAGGUGAUUCGUACCAAAGAUAAGCCCCGGGUUUCCUGCGAACUUCUGGUUCCAGAGGUGGUCAUAGACGUAUCCAAAGUCCAGCGGCUUCAGAUGUUAGAUAAGCUCACAGAAAUCCGGCAAGUAAAGGAAGUUCGGCAAUACAGGUUAAAGCGACCCAGUUGCAGCGUGGAAAGUAAUCCAAGAUUGUGGUGGAGAUAUGCAACAACUUGUCAUGGCUUUGACUUUAAGCAAAACGAGGAAAAGUGGUCCAUUCUCAAAGAUAAUCUGCGUUACAUGCUACUCUACAAAACGAUUAUUUUAAAUCCAAAUGAAAAUCUGUCCGUUGCAGAUAAGGAAUUUAAAGCUUACAUCGAGACCGACAGAAAGAUCUCGGAUUUAACAAUAAUGCGACGAAUAUGCUUUGAGAAAGUGUUUACAAAAGGAUUUUCAUUUGAAUCGCAGAGCGAUCAGGGAAAGAAUAUGCUCUUUCAUUGGUUCCCAAAUUGGAUGGGCUGGUAUGCAAACAGCCCCAGUACUCCUAAUGGCGAACAGGAUGAGACCAUUAAACAUUUGGAAGACGAUAUUCUAGUUGCGUUGGAAAACUCACUUCAAAAUUCUUCGGACUUGAAAAGCGAUGCUGUUUUCGGGCACUUUUCAAUCAAGCUAUUGAAAGGAUUGGUUAUUCUUCAGACUGAGGAUACAUUGAGUGAUGGAAAGAAGAAAUCAAUGGAAAUGCAAUUAAAUAACUUUGCGGCCUACCUUCAGCUCAGCCCGCAGUUAACUUCUUACACUAUCGGAAUAUCAUUGCAAGAAGUAUAUCUAAUAGAUAAAACCAGCAGUGAUACAAUGCACAACUACUUAAUUAAGCCACAAACAGGGAAUAUAGCGACACCAAAUCAAGUAGCAAAAAAUGGGCUCCAGGAGGAUACCCUAUUUCAGUUACAAUAUGAAAAUUGUAACCACUUACGAUAUCAGCUCAAUAUUAAAUCAAAAGGUUUAGAUCUUAUUUAUAAUGAAGAUGCAAUUCAAUGGAUUUUGGACUUCUUGUCCAAUUCAAAUCCAAAUAAAUACCCACCACGCGAUAGAGUCGAAAAGAAAACCGACUUUAUGAAAAACUGGAAUCAAAUGUUUAGUGGCAAUGAGGUAAAUCGAAAGAUUUGGAUGUUCGAAAUUGAAAUCUUUGCGCCUCGUAUUAUUUUCUUGGAAAACUACAAAGUCAGCAACUCACUUAUGGUUUUACUGGACUUUGGAAAACUAGAAAUGAGAAAAAUUGAGGUUAAAAGAGUAAUUCCUGUGAUAGAAUCGGCUGUAACCGAAAAUACAAGCGAUGACGACGAAACGUAUUUGACUCCAUGCUCGACACCGCCUGCAUCAGAAAAAAGUGGUUCUGAAUCUCCGACGCUCCUUGAAAAUUCAAAGAUCGAAUCCUUUUUAAACAAAAAUGUUCAAUUGGAGUACGUUCUACAUAAUAAGAUAUAUGACAAAUAUCUUAUUAAUUUUACAAAUCUUCAAGUACUGGUUUGCAAAUACGAAGAACGAUGGCAAGCAUGCUUGAAAACAUCAUCGAGUUUCCACCUCAUUGAUAAGUUUAAUAUAAAUCUUACGUUGGAACAGAGGAAUAUUUUUACUGUGGAUCCGGACUAUCCCUCAUUUAUGCUUUUUGGCACAUGUCCAACAAUAAUAAUUCACGGAAACGAAGAACUCAUUAACAACUGUUGUAACAUUAUGAAACCGAUUAUAAAGGCUUCUAAGGAAAUGGAAAAUAUUUACCGAGGAGGCAACACGAUUUAUGCAAGUGAGAAAAUCAAAAACCUGGCUGAAGACGAUAGAAGUCGAGUUGUUAUUGAGUUUGUGAUGGACCAACUGGUGAUAGAAAUGCAGUCGACAGAAAGGAGUAUUGCUGAGCUCCAAAUCAUCGGAGCACGAGCUGGUUUAACAAAAGAAUCAAAUGAGACGAACAUUUCCAUGUCGGUGCACGGAUUGCUUCUAGUGGAUGCCAUUCAGUCCUUUGGUCCUGACUUUGAGCUCUUGGUGGCUAGUCAUCGACAUGUUGGAAUGGAUAGUUUAUCUGGCAGUCUUAAACAUAGUGCAAUUGUUUCGCCAACCUCGCCUGGAUCGCCAAAUUUUUUUGAUAGGGCCACUAGUCCGCACAUGAUUACAAAAGCAGUUCAAAACAUUAAAAUGGGAGAUAAGUCAACAGAAUUCUGUGAUGAUGAGGACUCAACAGCGCUCAUUUCGGUUGAUAUUAAAAUUGUUCCCGCCAAUGAAAACAAUUCAACGACACUUCAUACUACCAACAUCACAUUCAACAGCUUGGACAUUAUUGCUAAUCAGGACACGAUUCUUGAAAUUCUGAACUUCGCAAACAGGACCCUUCUGGCACAAAAUAUAUUCCAAAGCGAAAGCCCUCAGUCAGCAAAAGAAUCAGUUGAAGUGCCAAUAGAACUUAGUGGUCAAGACGAUAAUAGAAACCAUAACCAAAUAUUUUUCGAUUUUUUCCGCUUAAAUAUUCUAUUGUUAUACACCAUUAAGAGAGACAAAUUUAAUGUUGGCCGGAAAGUUGGAACUGUUACGUUGACGGAGGCUAAAAUCAACGCAUCCUUUCAAUCUGAUUUAUCAAUUUUUGGAUCUCUGGGCGGAAUACAAGUUAUCGACAUCACUUCAGAAGCUUUUUGCCAUCCAAGGAUCCUUUCUGUUGGUCGGGAUCAAAUUUUGAGGACUACAGACACAAACAAACAAACUGUUCUUAGUCAGCUUUCCAAUGAAAUAUAUUCGAAUAAUUACAAUGAAGAUAAAAGCGAUGAGAGUGAUGCAAUUAGUUUUCAAAGUAAUUGGAGCGACAAAACUACUUGUACUUUCCAAAUGCGAAUGGCUUCUGCAUCCUAUACUCACUGUCCUAGAUUUCUGAGGGAUGUAAACGCUUGUUUAACAUAUUUUAAAAGAAGUCUGCGAGAGUUUGCGACCUCGAUUGGAAACAAAGCUACCGAUAUGGCCAAGGAGUUUGUGCAACAGGUUAGAGCAGUGGAGCAAAUUGGACCAGUUCAUCCACAACGAAAUCGACAGGAGAAUUGGCUUGACAUUAUAAUUAGUAGUCCAAUAAUUAUUUUACCCAUCUCCAACACAAGUACAAACGUAUUAAUUGCGAACUUGGGAAAAAUAAGUUGCUCAAAUGCAGUUCAUUGUGAUUCAGAUGAGUUCGACGAGUCUUAUACGAUCGAAAUUAAAAAUACAUAUGUAUAUUCCUUGAACAUUGAUGAGCGAGAACACAGUUUUAAUGUUCAUCCUGCUAAAAACAAGGAUGCAGUUCCAAUUUUGCAUGACACAGCAAUUACAUUACAUCUUUACGCUGGAUAUAGUGAAAAUAAUGGACACGAAAAAAUACUAAACAGUUUUUCGAUAAAAGGAAGUAUGGUUGAAGCUCUGAAAGUAUCUCUCAACCGAAAACAAUACGAGUUACUUUUGGAGUCCAUCCGCUAUGCAACAAACUUCUCAAAUGGCUUUUUAAGUGAAUCCGAAGAGCUCGACCAAAACGGUGACAGUGAACCAUCUUCGAGUAUUGAAGAUGAAACCAAUAUUAGCACAAUUAUUCAGUUCUCUGUGCCUGUAUUUCAAAUUAACCUGCAAAAUGAAUUCCACAACGAUUUGAUAAAUUUAACAUUUAAAGACUUUAAUGUAAAACAUAUUGCUAAAGGAUUCGACAAGGAUAUGGAAGUGGUACUAAAAUCUGUGUUAAUGGAAGAUUUAAAAUCUGAUGUAUCAUCACCAUUCCGAAAUAUGGUGACUUCCAUAGAUCUUGAGAAAAAUAUUAAGAAAAACGAACUGACAUCGUCUUCGUGUCCCGAUUUACCAAGCUAUUGUAAUUCCCUGAGGAACAGAUCUAAUUCUGUGCCGUCCUCCUUCUUUAACUACAUGCAGGCAAAAGUCUUUAGCGGCGACAAAAAGUUUACAAAUGGCAAAAAAAGUGAUUUGGGUAGAAAGAAAGAAAGCCAAACUCUUGUCAUUUAUAAAUCACACACAGGUCGAUCUGCCCAAAAAAGUAAACUUGAGCAAUUUAGUUCAAUUCAAUUUAACUGCUUGAAUUUGGCUAUUUGCGUAGAACGCUGGUAUACCAUUUUCGACUUUUUCGGUCUAGUUUCUGUUGAUAACUUGAAAGAAAAGUAUACGGAAAAGAAGAAAAGUGUGGAGAAGCAUAUUGACGAGUUUUUCAGUAAGCUGAAGGUGUCAAUCAGAAGUUUCAACUUUACAUUGAUUCGAAAUGAGUCUCUUUUGUCCAGAGUGAAUGUUUCGAAUGCAGUUUUCAUGAUUCUUCAGGACUCCCUUUCGAAAAUUGUUGAAGGCUGUUUAGGAUCCGUUUCGGUUUAUGAUCUUACAAAAUAUGGAAACAUUUAUAAGCAAAAGUUUUUAACUAGUGGCACAGAAGCUUUAAACUUUGUAUACAAAAAAAAACUUGUCGAUUUGGAGGCGUUAAAGACCUUGGAUACCGACUCUACCCUGCGAAUCAAUAUGUCUGCAGUCCAUUAUAUUCACACCAAACGAUUUUCCACCGAAUUGCAUGUUUUUGUUAAAGACCUGCUGCAAUUGCAAACGCCUGUUAUAAGAAAACUGAAGAAACAAAGUCAUGGAAACGAACAGAAUGUGCGCCCAUCAAAAAUGAAGCUAGUAAUUCAAGCGGAUUCCCCAGUUAUUGUACUUCCCGCUUCCUAUAACAGAAACGAAGUAAUUAUCGCCUAUCUGGGGCAGUUUACUUUGAAGAACAGUUUUCAUUUCGCCACCGACAGUAAUAUAAUAAGCAAAAUGAGUGCUACGCCGAAUCAAAGCGAAAUCCUGGACGUAAUGCGAAUCGAUUUGGUCAAUAUCAACCUAUUUUCCGGGGAGAGGAACUCAAUGAAGGUGAAAGUCGAACAGGAGAAGAAUCGAAUUAUAAUCGCUGACAUGAAUUUUCUGAGAUUGGGCCAGCCGUUCUUUAAUGAAUCGUGCUUCCUUCAUCUGCAGUUGGAGCGAAAUCUUUCGGCGGACAUUCAUCGCGUCUGUCCAGACAUAAGUGUUCAAGGAACUUUCUCCAAAUUGAAUGGCAUGAUCAAUAUUCAGCAAUACAAAUUGAUUCGAAGUUUUCUCAACAACAAUAUAGGAGAACAAACGGAUGAUAUUUACAUGAAUUAUCACAACAACAGCAGCACAUCCAUUGAAAGACUAUCCACUAUAAAUCUUAUACCUAAAGCCGAAGUUUCCAAAACUGUAUCGAUUCUAAUUUCAAUACGAAUCUUCUUGGAAGACGUAUCACUACUUCUCGCUUUAAACACUUCGCAAAGUGCUGUCAUAGAACCUUUGGCCUGCAUUCACUUUUUAAAGUCCACUCUGGAAAUCGAUUUAUUCAGCGACGGUUCACAAGAUAUAGAUUUGAUAUCUAGUAAUAUACUGAUUGUUGAUGAAAGGAACGAAACCGACAAGAGCAAUGAAAAUGUUUUUAAAAACAUAUUGGUUCCGUCAAAAAAGGAAGUGAGAAUAGAAAACUCGGUGCAGGUGGAAAUUCACUGCAGGAAGAAAGCGAAUUUUAGCAAGUACACCAUUAUGCUCAACAACAUGAGAGUUUUUGCCCUUCUCAGUUUUCUGGACCAAUUAAAAUCUUACUUGCAAGAAGACUCACCUGCUCCCGUUGUUGUGGCCAACCAGAUAUCACAGAAACCCCAGAUUGAUAACAGUGUUUCCACGGAAUACGUUGUGAACAUCACAGAUUCAGAAAUCAUAUUUGCAGAGGAAUGCAGUCGUUUGGAUUCGAAUGCAAUUAUUCUAAAGAGCACCACUGUUAUUUGCUAUAAGCCAAAUAGUAAUAUUGUGCCUAUAUCAUUGGACAUCAAUCAUCUGGAGAUAUUUUCCUGCACUCUGGACGCCGAAGAGGAAAGCGCUUUGUCCAUAAUUGAUCCUUUCACAUUGAUUAUUGAACUACGGAGUAAUUGCCUGAACAUUCUCAUCCAGAAACAUUUGAAUAUUCGACUUUCGUAUGUCGACGUGAAGUUGUUUUCAAGAAUGGCUCGGUUGCUGCCCACGCAAACAACUCGACCGAAGAACGUAAUAACAAAAGCUGAUUCCGAUCUGGAGAAGGUAGCUCCCCUCGUGGCAAUGGGUUUUGAGCUAUCCGACUGCUUGUACGCUAUGCAGGUGAAUAACUGGAGGAUCAACGAUGCUGCACUCUGGCUUUCGCAGCAAAAGCAGAAUACCUACCGAAAUCCCGCCCUGGAAAUGAAAACCGCUGUGGUGGACGCGAGUCUCAUUUCGGUGUACAUAAUCGACGACUGCAUGGAUGCCGAUGUGCCACUGCUGGAGGUUUCCCUCUCCAAGUUUCUGCUGAACUUUACUUUCAAAACCCAGGAUCCCAAUCCCAAGGAGAGCAACAUUCGGCACUAUAGCAUGGGUAAUAUUGAUACGGAAGCUGCGGUUAACUAUUAUAAUCGUCGUCUUAGUGGUUGGGAACCGGUGGCGGAGACAUGGGAGUCCAACUUGAAGUGGAAAUACACCAAGGGCCACUUGGACAAUAAAAAACGAUUCGAGAUUGGAAUUUCCAGCAAGCAGAUGCUCAAGUUAAAUGUCACCUCCACAUUUAUAGAACUUUUUAACAUGGUUCUAAAGAACUGGACAAACGAUUUCAACGACAAUGGAGCCAAGAACUUCAGGCAACGCUCUCCGUUUAUUCCGUUUGCCCUUCAGAAUCUCAGCGGAACACCUCUCCUAUUUAAGCCAAUCUAUGCACCCCUUGGAGAUCUUUCUUGUCCCGACUUACAACAAUUGGAGUUGAUUAAGAACUGGUACACUGUACAGCCCAACGAAACCAAAACAUUUGAUUUUAGCCAGAAAAGCAAACUGCGACACAUUCACUCUCACCAGUUGAACUUACAUCAGAUUUUCGUACAAAUCCAUGGCUGGACGUUGAUUGGACCAAUAUCGGUGGACAAAGUUGGGAUGUUUUUCCGUACCACCAAAUUAGAUUCGCAGUUCUCCACGAAGAGCCGGAUAGUCUUCGAUAUAUCACUGAUUGGAUCUGCUCAGAAGUUGAUUAAAGUGAAAUCCUCGUUGGGAGUGAUCAACAAACUGGAUCGGAAUGUUUUCCUUAAGAUGUCACUUCAGAGUACCCAUAGUGAUGGAUUGUCUGCAAUCAGUGUAAUAAAACCCAACGAGGAACUGUCUCUGCCGCUGAAGUUCAUCGAUGCUUCGCUGUAUGUGGCACACAAUACCAGUGAAAAGGAGGCGUACGAGGAGAGUAGUUUCAGCAAUUCGGAAAUUGUUUGGAAAACCUGCGGCAAAGAUAACACCCGCCAGCUUCUAGUUGGCUAUGAUAAUACCAAAAGUAAACUGUACACUUUAGUGGAUGUAAGACGGGAAAUUUAUCACAUUAAAGAACAGAAUUUACCGGGACACAAGAUCACUUUGCUGCCUCCGUUGAAAAUUAACAAUAUGCUCUGCUGCGACCUGAUGUUCAAGAUCCACGAGCACGCCACCGGAAGGAUAAACUCAUCGGAGAGCACAAAUAUCUACAACUUCGACAUUAACCAGCCCAUCAACUUGAGCAUCACACUGGACAACUUCCAACUUUCUGGUCAACUUAAAGUUCCCGUGAGCCACAGCGGUGUUAUUGAGCCGAAGUUAAAACUGUUCGACAUCAAAAAGAGGGAACUGCACCUGCGCGUUUCCAUUCAAUUUCUGCAAGGCAAGGGCAUAGAAAUUUAUAUUAGUGCUCCUGUUUGGAUUAUCAACAGAACCGGACUGCCUCUGAUUUACAAACAAGAGGGUACAAACAACACGGCGGCUGGACAAUUUGAGGAGCAUGAAACUGCGCGACAAGUGGCACCUCUGAUGUUCUCAUUCUCCGAUCAGGAAGGAUCCCCCGCCUUAGUAGUGAGAUUGGGCGAAGCCUAUGGCUCUAACAAUAUCUGGUGCAAAAGUUUUAGCAUGCAUAAGAACUUGACUGACAGGGAACUGCGAGCCGAAAACACAAAGGGAAGCUAUGCAAUUGGUAUAAGCAUUAGAAGGGGUAGAGGUCUAUAUGCCUGCACAACAUUCGUAACCCUAUCACCAAGAUUCCAUCUGCACAAUCGAAGUGGCUACAAGUUGGAGUUUAUGCAACUGUGUGAUAUUGUCAAUUAUGACCGUCCCGAUCCACGUAAAAUAAUCUCAGCACCUAUUGAUUGCAAUUUCGCUUUCCAUUGGCCCAACUGCGAUCAGGAGCAGUUCAUCUGCGUGAGAAUUCCAGAGGUGGAGUGCUGCUGUUGGUCGAAAGGAAUCCCCAUAAACGAUGCCCAAAGUCUGUACAUCAAUGUGCGAAACGAAUGGGGCGAAAUGUUCUUCCUUCGAUUGGAGAUCAUCUCAAAAGAUGCAACAUUUAUACUUCUGUUUACGGACGCUCGAACUCUACCACCGCCUAUUCGAAUUGAUAAUUGCUCGGAAGUUGUCAUAAAUUUCUCGCAAGUGCGAUCGAAGCCAGUUUGGAUAACGCCAGUUCGACCACAAUCCUCCCUAUCUUAUGUCAUGGAUGAUCCCUUGGGAUAUAAGUCCUUGUUGAUGGAGGCACCCGGAGGAAAUAUGAUAGAGUUCCCCAUCGAAAACAUUAAGAACAUUAAGAAAACAUUGACGUACACCAACUUUAUUUACAUUGCAUUUCAAGGCACUUUUGAACGAUCGAGUGAGGAGGAAAACCCGCACAGACACUUGGUUUUGGGUGUACGUGGGAGAAAAGUUGUGAUAAUGGAGAAAAACUCCGGUGAUCGGUCGCAGUUGUGGCUCAUGAACUCAAAUGGUCAACUGGAACAUGAGGGAUCCACUCCACCGAUUCAAACCAAUGAUGCAAAUGCAGUGCGACUUGUGCUGGACUUGGAGAAGGCUCCAAACCCAAUGGAAUUUACAAAUCUGGUGGUUCGAACACCCAACAAGCAGAGGGCCACAACCCAGACUUGGAGAUUCGAGAAUGGGAGAUUAAUGUGUCACGCGAAUAUGUGUGUUCAGUCUAAAUUUGGAGAGAGCGGCCUGAAACCAAAUUAUGAAGCAGUUGUGGGUCGAAGUGAAAAUAAAACGAACAAGCACUCCAUACCAAUUGGCCAGCAUAUUGUGGCUCAAAAGCUGAGGCCUGGUUCUGGCCAACUGGAGCUUUCGACGCGAAUGGAUGGACCAAUUACCACGAUCGAAAUAUGUGAUAUUAAAAUUAAACAAAAUUCAGUAUUCCUAACACCCGAUUCAUUAUGGAUGCAUGCUUCUCUGAAUAAUAGGCAAAUUACAGAUAAAGGAAAAGUAUCUUUCGUGCACGAGUAUCUGAUAAACGUCGAGCUCGUAAAGGGAAUAGGUAUUUCAAUUAUAACGCGGAAGCCCUGUGAGGAAAUUAUGUUUAUCAGCCUUGAUCACAUACAUUGUGAUAUGGUUCAGAGUGCUUUGGAGAACUCCUUGGAUUUGAACAUAGCUUAUAUCCAAAUCGAUAAUCAACUGUUGGAUGCGGCCAGUCCGAUAGCGUUGCAUACGCUUACUUCAAAUGAGGACGACGAACUAAAAAGUGCAGUUGUUCUUAAAUUGAAAAUGUUGCCUUGUCCCAACAAGAACGCUAUCAUUUUUAAGUACUUUACACUGGACCUGAAACCCUCGACUGCGAAUCUGGAGGAGAAGCUGAUACUGAAAGUGGCUUCAUUCCUGGGAUAUGGCAAAACCAACCGUCAGAAUUUAAGUGUGCAGUCUCAAUUCGAGAGCAUUGACGAGAAGCCAAUUCUGCAGGAUAUGAAAAGAUACUAUUUUGAGAAUUUAAGCAUUGGUGCCACACAGGUUCGACUAUCAGCAUACACUUCCUCCAAAUUGCCAGUUGAAUUACACGAAACCAAAAAGACACUUGGACUAACUUUAAUCAAGUUCGAAGAUGCCCAGAUAGAGCUCGACCGGUAUUCGGAUAAAUUACACUUCGAGACCAUGGACGUUUAUCUUAAGGAAAUGAAGAAGCACUACAUCAACCAAGUCAAAUGGCACGCGGGUGCGAUUUUGGGCAGUGUCGAUUUUCUUGGAAAUCCCCUGGGAUUCGCCAACGAUCUUUCUGAAGGAGUGUCUGGACUUAUUUUCGAGGGCUCUGUCAAGAGUCUGGUGAAAAAUGUUACGCAUGGUAUAUCAAAUUCCACGGCAAAGCUGACUGAAACGCUUUCGGAUAGCCUGGGAAAAGUGGUGCUGAAUGACCACGACAACGAGACGAGGCAACGAAUUCUUGAACUGCAGUCCAAUACAUCCAGUGGUCACCUUGCAGCUGGUCUGAAAGGUCUCGGAUUUGGACUGUUGGGCGGAGUUACGAGUAUAGUACGGCACACUUACGAUGGAGCCCAGGCGGAUGGUGUUCCUGGCUUCCUUAGUGGCCUGGGAAAAGGUCUGGUGGGCACUGUUACGAAGCCAAUAAUAGGAGUGCUGGAUUUGGCCUCGGAAACGGCAAGUGCGGUUCGAGAAACCAGCCGGGAUACUCACAGAAAUAUUCCAGACAGGAAGAGACUUCCCAGAUGCGUAACUGGUGCUCCUGGUGACCUCCUACCGUUAUAUUCCAAUCGCCAGAGUAAAGGACAACAAUAUUUAUACCUAAUCAAUCAUAAAAACUUUUCGGAAAAGAUAAUUUCCUACGAACCGAACCUGUGGAGCGAUAAAGAGGCGAGGUUGCGACUGUUAGUUUCCACCGAAUAUGUGCGAAUGUUUUCGUUAUGCGAUGGCAAUCCAACUAUUACGUUUGAGUGCCACGUCGGAGAGAUACUUUCGUGUCAUGUCCUUGUAACAAAUGCGAGCACAACACCAUCAUCGAGUAGUAGAGCAACAGCUAGCUAUUACAUUGAGAUUUCCACAAACCUUCCGAAAGUUACGAGGCCGAGGAUCCGAUGUCGGUCUGAGGAAUGUGCCGAGGCUGCAUCAAGAUGCAUAAACUACGCAAAAAGUGUCUUUGAUGAACGUGAACAUGCCGUUUUAUAAAAUGCAAUGAGUCGGUUCGUGAUAAUAAACAUAAACCUUUUGACAACAAA